CUGAUCAUUAUCAACUUUUCUCUUAUAAACACAAACACUACCUCUGUUUCGCUAGACACAAAAUCACGAAAGAGAAACACUAACAACCCCAAAACAUACACACCCCUGCCGAAACAUAAACACAGAAAUAGGAAAGAGGGGAAAUGGACUCAUGUUCAUCAGUGAUAACUCCAGAGGAUGUGUUGGAAUCGCUAAUGAAUGAUGGUACAAUAGACGCGCUCAGAUUGAAGAUCAUCAACCAGCUCAAAGCCAAUGAAGAGCUUAAGAAUACUACUAUUAAAAUGGCUGAACAGAGUAAAGUUCUUAACACCCCUGGGGCAGAGAAACAAACCAAAAGAGAGUUGUUUGAUGCGCUAAGGCAGGAACUUGAAGCUCCAGUGCUGGAGAAAGCUUCUAAAUCAGUUUGGGAGCUAAUUUUGGACAGUAAUGGUCUGGGGAAGGAAAUUAGUGAGAUGGUUGAAAAGGUAUUUUCUCGAUUGAGUGGCCGGGAACCUCCAUUGUUUCCCUUGCCAGACGGUGUGGCUCAUAUUAAUAAAGAAAUUGAGAAUGAAAAAGAAAAAGGAAAAGGAAAAGAAUGGGCUGAUGAAAACAAAGAAAAGGAGAAUUCUCCCUCUUCAUUAAAGAAAAGGAGUUUUAGUGAAUUGAAUGCAGGAGGUGCAUGUGAAGCUGCAAGCAUAUCUGGUGAUUCUCCAGCCAUACUAGAAGAUUCUAGUAAAUCACCCAACCAAGUUUGAAGACACGAGUCACUAUGUCAUGCCAAGAGCCUUGUGGCUCAAUGCCAUUACUGUUUUUCUCAAGAGGAGAACCUGGGUUCAAACAUCACCUCCCCCACUUGAAAGUUACAAAAAAGGCCACUAUGCCAGUUCCCAUAUCAUUACUUAUCAACAAGAGUAACUUUGUCAAACGAGCUAUUUAUAACAGAUGUGGGGUGGUGCAAAUCUGGUUAUUUAGUCUAGAUUUUGAUUUGUCAUCAGUUUCUCAAUUCAUUUUAAUGGAAUAAAAUUAACAUUAUUAGGCUAUCUAAUUCUUUGGUUGCAAUU